AUGUAUUAUGGCUGUACAUGCAGAGAAAACAGAGCGUACAUACUACCCGUGUACAACCAUAUAUCCAGUAAACAAAUUGGAUUUCUAAUUUGUAUUUCGCUCUCUAUGGAAGAACAAGCACACCCUAAAUGGCGAGGCAAAUCCUGUGCUCAGGUGAAUGGCCAUGCAGCACAAGAGGUGUGGCCUCUCUUGGCCGAUUUCUGUAACCUACACAAAAUAUUCCCCAAAGUCGAAACAUGUUACCAGCUAGAGGAAGUUGCCGGCCAAACCGGUAUAGUUCGAUACUGCGCUGGAUUUGCGACUAAUAAAGACAAGUCGACCGUUAAGUGGUGCAAAGAGAGGCUGCUAAUGAUCGACCCGAUCGAACGGUGCUUUAGCUACGAGGUAAUUGAUAGUAACAUGGGGUUUCAGUCGUACAUAGCAAUAAUGCGGGUAGUCCCGAUCGACGAUGGUAGCUCCAUGAUUGAGUGGUCAUUUGUUAGUGACCCGAGCGAGGGCAAGAGAAUGGAAGACGUUCAAUCUUUUGGUGAAUUUUCUCUUCAAUCCAUAGCAAAGAAGAUCGAGCUUGUUCUUACCAAUUCAACCAGUUAACUAUCCAGCGUUGCAUGUGCCCUACAUCACUAUCUUUCUGUAUUCCUUUGUUUUCACGAUAGACAAUAAUAAAUUAAUAAUUUAGUGCCUCCA